GUUGGUGUGGCCAUGGCCCAAAACUGGACAAAAAUGGCGAAUAGUACAAAACUGGAUGGGAGCUUAGUUCCGUGAAUCACAUUUCACACCUGAAACAAGAAACACGACACAGCCUUUCUCCCGACCAAAUUCCAAAAGCAGACCACGAAACACACAAAACACAGUCCACUCAAAACCCUAACCCCUCCUCCUCUCUCUCUCUCCCCCGACAUGGCCAACAACCCACCGGACGGUUACGGCGACGACUUCCUCGACCAAAUUCUCGCCGUGCCUUCUUCCUACUCCACCCUCACCGACGCCACCGCGGCGUCGCAGCUCAGCUCCACCGCCGGUGGAGGCGGCGGAAGUGGGUUCCAGCAGCAGCAGCAGUUCGUUCCCUUGGGUCUGAGCCUUGACAACGGCCGAGACGACUUUCAUAGUGGAGGUUUUGGAGUAAAGAGCGAGAGAGAGUCGGCGAACAUGGGGAGUUUUUUCCCAGCGUUUGAGCCUUUGCAGCCUCACUCUUUCAGGCAAUCUGCUCCUCAGUUUCACCAGGCUUUUCCUGGACAAGCAGCUCCUAGCACAACAACUUCUAUGCCACAGCCACCUGGCAUCCGCCCAAGGGUGCGAGCUCGACGUGGACAAGCCACAGAUCCUCACAGCAUAGCCGAGAGGUUGCGUAGAGAAAGAAUAGCAGAAAGGAUGAGGGCUUUGCAGGAACUUGUUCCGAGCUGCAACAAGACGGAUAGGGCUGCCAUGCUUGACGAAAUUAUAGACUAUGUGAAGUUCUUGAGGCUUCAAGUCAAGGUUCUUAGCAUGAGUAGGCUGGGUGGAGCUGGUGCAGUGGCCCAACUUGUUGCUGACAUCCCGUUGUCAUCAGUUGAGGGAGACAACAGCGAAGGUGAAUGCAGCCAAUCUGCCUGGGAUAAGUGGUCAAACCAUGACAUAGAGCAAGAAGUUGCCAAGCUCAUGGAAGAUGAUGUUGGGGCUGCAAUGCAGUACCUCCAGUCCAAAGCACUUUGCAUCAUGCCCAUUUCACUCGCCUCGGCAAUCUAUCCUACGCACUCGCCCGAUGGCUCCAUGCUUGUCAAGCCGGAACCAAACGGCCCCUCAUAGACGUCUAGCCGAUUGCACGUGCCUAUGAAUGCUCCCGAUGCUCACUCCAUUUUAAUAACCCUACCUACCAUCACCCCUUUCAUAUAUAUAUGUUCCCCCUUUGCAUUCUGUGGCUAUGCUAUCAAAGUCAGAUGCCACAAUUUUGCUUUGCUUCUCUCCUUUUAAGCUUUGUCAAACAAGGUGUGAUACCAUGCCUUGAAAAAAACAAAUGAACUCUAUUGUUUAGGAGGGAUUUUCAAAGUUAUCUCAAUGUGUUACACUACCCCACCCAUUUUGUAGUGGGUAUUGGGGGGACCUUGGUCUUUUGUGUGGUGGAUGGUGGGACAUUGUAUAAAGAUGAUUAGGGUACAUAAUGUAUUUUAAGAAAGCACUUUGAAAUGGAUUUGGCAAGUCGUUUUCGGGAGUGA